AAACUGAAACUCUAGAAAAUGAAUUAGAAGACCUUAUCAAUCAGCUUCCGAUAACCAAUUCACUAUCAGCAACAGAAUUUAUUAACAUCGAUGAAGAUAUAGCAGAUGAGGAAGGAACAACUAUUAAGGAGAUAACUGAUAUAGUAAGAGAUAUUGGUGUGGAAGAGGAAAGUGAAGAAGUUAGUGUUGAGAAG